UGGCUAUGUGCACCCCUGCACCUUGGGCAGCUUCCUGGGAGCACUUGGGAAUAUUCCACUCCCCCAAGCCCAGUGUUCCCACCAAUAAAGUCAGAUUGUUCUAAUCACCUGCUCCUUCCUGCACCACUGCCUGGCUGGAAUUCCCACUGGCGAGCAAGCAGGUCUGCAGGCUCUGCCUGUUCUGCAGCCUCUCGAAACACUCAGCUUGGGGAAAUGAAUUACCAAUCAAAAUCAGAGCAGGAUGAUCAGAAGUAAAAUAGUAAAAACUCUUGCCCUCCCUGCCUUUCCUUCCUGGGCUCUCCAUCCUCCCUCCCAUCAUGACAAGGAGAUGGGGAAUGAGGGCUGUGGUCACAUCAUUUCUGUCCCUGCUCAGGGAGAGGGGUUGUAGUCCUUCCCCUGCUCCAGAGUGGAAUCCCUCCCAUAGGAGCCAGUGCUCCAUGAACUUCUCCAGUGUGAGUUGUUCCCACGGGCUGCAGUUAAAUCUUUUAUCCCCGAGGUGUCACCACCAUCUCUGCUAGGCUCAACCUUGGCCAGCAGUGGGUGCAUCCUGGAGCUGGUAGUGUUGGCUCUGCUGGACAUGGGGAGAAUUCUGGGAAUUUCUCACAGAAGCCACCCCUGUAGCCCCCUUGCUGCCAAAAUCUGGCCAUGAAAACGCAACACAACUGACAACUGCAUUGGGUGAUGCAGGGCCUCAUGGUGCCCUGGAGCCAUUGUGACACUGCAGGGCCUCAUGACACCAAGGAGCCAUUGUGACACAGCAGGGCCACAUCCUGCCCAUGGGGUGUUUAAGGAGCCCCCCUGGGGUACCCACUCAAGCUGAACACCUUGCUCAGGAAGUAGCAGCUUCCCAGGACACCUGUGGAAAGGGAGCCAUGGAGGAGCAGAACCCCAGUCCCCAGAGCCCCAAGGAGAGGCACCAGCUGAGAGAUGGAGGGAGAAGUCAACAGGACGGCACCAGGCAUACCAGCACCCUACCCAGGCAGCUGCCUCCAUCCCACACCUCUUCCUCCCGUCCACAGCUGCGGCAGCCUCAGGGCAGCCAGGGCCGGUCCCUGCACCGGCUGACAUUGCCCCGCAGCACCCAGGGCUGGUCUCUGCACUGGCUGACAUUGCCCCGCAGCACCCAGGGCACCCAGAGCCGGUCCCUGCAUCGGCUGACAUUGCCCCGCAGCACCCCGGGCACCCAGAGCCGGUCCCUGCAUCGGCUGACAUUGCCCCGCAGCACCCCGGGCACCCAGAGCCGGUCCCUGCAUCGGCUGACAUUGCCCUGCAGCACCCAGGGCCGGUCCAUGCCCCGGCUGACAGUGCCCCGCAGCACCCAGGGCCAGUCCAUGCCCCGGCUGACAGUGCCCCGCAGCACCCAGGGCCAGUCCAUGCCCCGGCUGACAGUGCCCCGCAGCACCCAGGGCCAGUCCAUGCCCCGGCUGACAGUGCCCCGCAGCACCCCGGGCACCCAUGGCAGCCAGGGCCAGUCCCUGCAUCGGCUGACAUUGCCCUGCAGCACCCAGGGCCGGUCCAUGCCCCGGCUGACAUCUCGCAGCACCUUGAGCUCAGGGGCCACUGAGACCCAUCUCAGCCUGGAUGAGGGGGGCCGGGAAGAAGGCCCGCAGCAGCGCAGGUCCUGCCCUGGUGGCUCCUUGCAGCCAGCCACCCUGGCUAGCAGAGCCACAGCCCGUGGCCAGCACCGGCCCAUGAGAAGCCGCCGGGCCUCCAGCAGCCCAGUGGAGCCAGAACCAGUGAGAGCAAAACACAGAGGCCUGGACGAGGCUUCCUGUGGCCAGCGGCGGCCCAUGAGAAGCCGUCGGGCCUCCAGCAGCCCAGUGGAGCCAGAACCAGUGAGAGCGAAACACAGAGGCCUGGACGAGGCUUCCUGUGGCCAGCGGCGGCCCAUGAGAAGCCGUCGGGCCUCCAACGGCCCAGCGGAACCAGAACUGAUGAGAACAAAGCACGGAGGUCUGGACAAGGCUUCCCAUGGCCAGUACAGGCCUGUGAGAAGCCGCCGGGCCUCCAGUGGCCUGGUGGAGCUGGAACUGGUGAGGGCCAAGCACGGAGGCCUGGACAAGGCUUCCCCUGCCCACAGCGUGGCAGUGCAGCAACUCCUGCACCCCGUCCCAGUGGCUGCUGCUGGGGUAAGCCCAGUGACCUCUAAAAAUCUCCAUCUCUCUUUCCAGGCCUCCACGAGAAAACCUUCUCCUGACCCACAGAGAAAGGCCUCUCACCGUGUCAAACGGGAAACCCAGACUGAGACCUGGACCCAAGGGGUGGAUUCAGCUGUUCAAUAUGCUGAGCAGGAGACACAGACAGAUACCAUGGUAGAAGAGGAGAAAAAUUCAGCUGCUCCUCUCAUGGUUGACCAGGAGACAGAGACUGAGACUCCAACACAAGAGGAGAAUCCAGCUUCUCAAAUCACUGACAAGGGGACACAGACCAAGGCCCACAGCUCUGCCUCCUCCACAGGCGCUGAUGCCCUGGCUCACCAGCAGCCACCCUUCCUGUCCUGCAGGGCAUUCUGGCACUCCUGCACAGCUGGACAGCCUCAUGCUGCCAGUGCCCUGCAGGACCCCAGGGAAAGCCGCUGCUCCAGGCAACCACAACGUUCUGAGCGCGGCACACCAGAGAAGUGGGGAUGGACGGCACUGCCACCCUACUCUUGGCCAUGGCUCAUUGAGAUGAAUCAGUUUUAAUAAAAUAUUUCAUUUCUCUAAUCAUGCCCAGCAGUGCCUGGUCCAUCAGGAGAAAGUCGGCUGCAGGUAAGGCCCGUGCUGAGCGGGAGAGUCCCUGUGCUCCUACAGCCAAGCAGAGCCUCUGCCAAGUUUCAGGUGCUCCUCUGGUUCAGAUCCCUGGGCUGGUGCUGGUGGCCAGCCCUCAGCUGAACCCUGUCAGCUCCCUCCCGCCUACCUGCUUCCCCGUGAACAUUUCAGAUCAUAAAUUUGGUGAGUUUUCGCUAAGGCUGCAUCUCCUUAGGCUCACGAGGAACGUCCUCAGUGUAGGAAUAGGAGCACCUCUCCCCUUUCCUUUUAAGAUCUGCCUUGCUGCUGUACCACUUUGGGGAGUUCUGCUUGGUGGUGUGUGGGCAAAGCUUUCCUCCUAGUCCUGCCAUCAGGGCAUUUCGCUGCCCUUUCUAAGGAAACAAAAUACCAAAACUAUAGCACUGCCCUGAACUCCCUCUGCUCCCACAGGGAUGAGUAAAGCCAGCCAGAGACCAGCUGCCCCAUGGACAGGUUAGGGGGUGCUGGGACCAGACAGGGCUCCCCCGACAUCUUUCUUUGGGGAUGGCUGGGCUUGUCUGCAGUUUCCAGCACCAGGGUCAGGCAGGAAGUUGGGAGGAGCAGUGGAGUCUCCCUGUUUUUCCAGCUGUGCAGACACAUGGGCCCUGCAGGUCCCACAGGCCACUUCCCCUCCCUUCCCUGAGCCACAGACUCAGGCUGACAUGCACAGAAAUCUGCCUGGACACGGAAAAAAAGGCAGGAGCCAGGGAGCCUGAUGCAGGUUUUUUCUGUACAUCAGUGUUUUUGACACCACAGCCUGUUGCUGCAUAUAAUAAAACAGAAAUCAGAAAGAGCAACCAGAAUACACACCCAAAGGCAAAAAACCCUUGGCUUAAAGAAGGUGCUGCCGCGCCCCCGGGUGAAGGCUGGCAGCAGGGCUCCAAGGGGGGAAACGCCUGCCCUGGCUGGGGAGAAACACAACACAAAGAAAAAACGAACCAACAAAAAAACUCACCCAAGGCUCCCGCUGCGGAGCGAGGAGAGCCAGAAUCCCCCGAUUAUCCCGACCUCAGUCCUGUUAGCACCUGUACAAUAAAACUGUACCGGCCCCGAGGCAGAGCAGCGCGCCUGCACCCGCUCCCGCACAGAGAGCUGCUCCCGGGACACCGGCGAGGUGCAGGGAACGGGGCAAGAGGCGGCUCCUGCCGCGGGGACAGAGCCUGGGGCGGGGCGCAAGCUGCCGAAGCGGGGGACGCGCUGGGGGCCGCGGGCUGCGCCUGCCCGGGCAGCGCCGCCGGGACAGGGAGCAGCAGCACGAAUGAGAUGGAGAAGGAGCACGGGAGAGGAUGGAGCAGUGCGGCUGGCUCCCGGCUGGGGCUGAGCGCUGGCAGCAGGAGCGAGCUCCAAGGCCAAGGGAAGGGGCUGUCCCC